GAGCUGAGAUUUGCGAAGAGCAGCAGAAUGGAUGGAUUUUAUGACCAGCAAGUGCCUUACAUGGUCACCAAUAGUCAGCGUGGGAGACAUUGUAACGAGAAACCAACAAAUGUCAGGAAAAGAAAAUUCAUUAACAGAGAUCUGGCUCAUGAUUCAGAAGAACUCUUUCAAGAUCUAAGUCAAUUACAAGAAACAUGGCUUGCAGAAGUGGCUUUUCAUGGCCUACCACUGAAAAUCAAGAAAGAGCCCCACAGUCCAUGUUCAGAACUUGGCUCUGCGUGCAGUCAAGAACAGCCCUUUAAAUUCAGCUAUGGAGAAAAGUGCCUGUACAAUGUCAGUGCCUAUGAUCAGAAGCCACAAGUGGGAAUGAGGCCCUCCAAUCCCCCAACACCAUCCAGCACGCCAGUGUCCCCACGGCAUCAUGCAUCUCCAAACUCAACUCACACUCCUAAACCUGACCGGGCCUUCCCAGCUCACCUCCCUCCAUCGCAAUCCAUACAAGAUAGCAGCUACCCCAUGGACCACAGAUUUCGCCGUCAGCUUUCUGAACCCUGUAAUUCCUUUCCUCCUUUGCCGACAAUGCCAAGGGAAGGACGUCCUAUGUACCAACGCCAGAUGUCUGAGCCAAACAUCCCCUUCCCACCUCAAGGCUUUAAGCAGGAGUACCAUGACCCAGUGUAUGAACACAACACCAUGGUUGGCAGUGCGGCCAGCCAAAGUUUCCCCCCUCCUCUGAUGAUUAAACAGGAACCCAGAGAUUUUGCAUAUGAUUCAGAAGUGCCUAGCUGCCACUCCAUUUAUAUGAGGCAAGAAGGUUUUCUGGCUCAUCCCAGCAGGACAGAAGUUAAGUUUUCUAUUAUUGAAAUUUCUUGGGAUAUCAAACAAGAGCCAGGAAUGUAUCGGGAAGGACCCACAUACCAGCGACGGGGAUCCCUUCAGCUCUGGCAGUUUUUGGUAGCUCUUCUGGAUGACCCUUCAAAUUCCCACUUCAUUGCCUGGACUGGUCGAGGCAUGGAAUUUAAACUGAUUGAGCCUGAAGAGGUGGCCCGGCGUUGGGGCAUUCAGAAAAAUAGGCCAGCUAUGAACUAUGAUAAACUUAGCCGUUCGCUCCGCUAUUAUUAUGAGAAGGGAAUCAUGCAAAAGGUUGCUGGAGAGAGAUAUGUCUACAAAUUUGUGUGUGAUCCAGAAGCCCUUUUCUCCAUGGCCUUUCCAGAUAAUCAGCGCCCUCUGCUGAAGACGGACAUGGAACGUCACAUCAACGAAGAGGACACGGUGCCUCUGUCCCACUUUGAUGAGAGCAUGGCCUACAUGCCCGAAGGUGGCUGCUGCAAUCCCCACCCCUACAAUGAAGGCUACGUGUACUAACACAAGUGACAGUCAAGCAAGGCUUCUCCUCUUUGCAAGAUGCGGAGAAUCGCUGAAUUCUCUUCAAUCUUUGUUUUAUUUUUUUGUUGUUUGUAUUUUAUUUUUAAAUAAUAAUACAACAAAGGGGCUUUUCC